AUGGCGUCACAGAUACAACUGUCAAUACCGCAGGAAGGGAAACUGGUAAAUGUCGUCCCGGUAGUUUUAAAAGAAGCCGCCCUAGAUUCACCGAGUUUUCGGGCCACUACAGUACAUUUCUCUGACCAGAUAGAUUAUAUGGAAAGAUGGCUCGACAGUUAUAUAAAAACUACCGGGAGACUUACGUCUGAACUGGCCUCUCUGGAAAACAUAUCGAAUGGCAUUCUUUCUCAUAUUAUAUCACCACCAAACGUAUCUGAAGCCAUCCUCGACCAAGACUAUGCCUUGCUUGCAAUGAAGCGAUAUGGGGAGUGCUUUAGAGAUAGCUGGUCUGGAAUGAUAAGUGCAACCAAACGGUUUGAGUUACAAGUUGCAGAGCCCAUUAGGGCAUUCAUGCAGGGAGACCUACGGGCGUUCAAGGAGCUACGCCGUGUCCUUGACCAAACACAGAAACAAUAUGACCAACUGCAAGCACGGUAUUCAUCCCAAGGAAAGUCAAAGGAACCGUCUUCUCUGAGAGAAGAUGCGUUCCAACUCCAUGAGGCUAGGAAAGCAUACCUUAAAGCGUCUAUGGAUUUCUCUGUACAAGCACCGCAGCUCAAGGUUGCGCUUGAAAAGCUUCUUGUCAAAGUAUUUUUUGAUCAAUGGCGGGAAUUUCGAAUUGUCAAGGACGCAUGUUCUGCCACAUUCACCAAAUACGGACAAGAAAUGGAGCGAACCAAGGGCUGGACCCAUGAGUUAGAAGCAGGGGAGAAGUCUGCUCGUAAGGAUCUCUUGAUAGCAAGAAAACAGAUCGAAGAAUCCGUUGAAUAUGCGACACGACCUUCUCGAGAGCUGGACGAUUACUCUAUAUCUACAGUACCCUACCUUGGCUCUCGAGGACCUACGUCCGUUAAUUUGGCAGAGAAUCAUGUUUUCUUACCAGAAAAACAAGGCUGGCUAAAUCUAAGAGUUCUUACCGGAAAGCCAACUAGAACGGUUUGGAUGCGGCGCUGGGCUUUCUUGAAGAAUGGCAUUUUCGGAUGCCUAGUUCAGAACCCCAGAACUGGUGGAGUGGAAGAAAGCGAGCGUAUUGGUGUAUUACUUUGCAGCAUUCGCCCUGCCUUUCAAGAAGAGCGGCGUUUUUGUUUUGAAGUCAAGACCAAAAGCAACACGAUAAUGCUUCAGGCUGAGACCCAAAAGGAACUCACGGAUUGGAUCGGUUCUUUUGAAGCUGCUAAACGGAAAGCUCUCGAAAGCCCUGGCUCAGAGUUCUCGGGAUUUACGAAAUCCAACGCUCCUGAUCCUGCAUUUGCGAUUUCCCAGCCACCUGCCCCUGAAUUCGCUGCUGACCCUUCUGACUCUUUAAUACCAAACACUAGUGAUGAACCGCAUACCGUUGAACGUGGUGCCACAACCCCUCUACUAGAUCGUGACGCUCUCGGUGUCAGAAAUAGCGGUGAUUUUUCCCAUUCUCGGCGGUCUACUGGUCCAGAUAGAGAUGCUGACGGUCCCGGCCGUGACCAUACUUCAAGAAUCAUUCAAAAAUUGGAUAUCCAUCGGAAACAGAAUGCAAAUUCACCUCUCCUUGUUCCGCCUUCACCUGGCCAACCGUCUAGUGGCAUUGCCAGCUUAAUAUCCGCUAGCCAUAGCAUGUUUCCCACAGCGCCUGCAUCAUCUAUGAGGGAUGGCGGUGCUGAGAAUGGCAAAGUAAAGGGCGGAGCUGCUAAAGGUGACCGCAACCAGACAACCCUUGCGCCAUCGACAUUAGUUAAUCCUCCAGCACCUACAAGCAUGAGUAGGAUGGCCGUUGUGGUUAGUGCCGAGCGAGGCAUUGGUAUGGGGCCGGGUGAUACAGCAAGUUCUAUACCUACCGGAAUGAUGGCAAACUUAUGGGGAAGCUCGCAGUGGGCAAUGGUAAACCAACUUCAACGAGAAGAGCCAGUAGUAGCCUCUGAGAACACUCCCGAUCGCCCUACAAAAACUCAGGUUGAAGUCACUCCGGAGACACCCUCUAGUAGCACCACUACUCCUCAGGGCCGGUCAUCCAUGACACGCCAUAGGGCGACGGUCAGCCUUGGAGAACCUGGAGCAUUCCACUCUGAUGCCAUAACAGCACCACAUGAAUAUCCAUCUUAUUACCCGCAACAGCUAAAGCCCCAUGAUUCUCAAUUCCGUCUACUUUUCCCACAUAUACCUAGGAGCGAAAGCCUUGUCCUCGUGUUCAGGGCAACAUUUAGCCCCAAUGACCAACAAGACUUCCCUGGAAGGGCUUUUGCGACAACUCGUAACAUAUAUUUUUACAGCAACCAUCUGGGCCUUGUUCUAACAACCUGCGCCAAUUUACGCAGUAUAACCGAGGUUACUGCUGCACCUGGUAGAGACUGUGACUUCUUGUAUCUUCACGUUGUUCCGGAGAAAGGGAGUGACAUUCCAGGACGUUUAGGGGUGAAGACGUUUUUGGAGCCCUUGAAACUACUCCAGCGAAGAUUAAAUUAUCUAGUUACCAACGCUGCUCUUGAUAACCCUGCAGGUCUAGAUACAGUUAUCAGCACCUUGAUCAAACUAGAGACCAAUGGCCCGACAAGGACACCAAGUGUGGAUAGCUGGGAGGAUGUACCAUUGAACACUCCAGCUGACGAUGGCACUGUAUUACCAAAGCCAGAAAAACUGCUCAAAGCCGGCACAUAUAUCGAUAAUGAUUUGGACAUUGAUCUAAUCAAACAGAACGCUAGCACACAAGCUUCUCGUAUAAGGCUACCGGCGCAGCCUGUAAUAUAUGAACCACAAGGAGCUCUUCAUCUUGCAGCCGAACAAUAUGUUAACAUGAGCCCGAAAGCUUUAUUUCUCGUAUUAUUUGGGGAUAACAGUCCCGUUUGGCAACUAUCGCAGCACCAAAGAAGGGCACAAAAUAUCAAGCAAGGUCCGUGGGUGACUCUACCAUCUUCCCAUCUUCGGCGUGAGAUGGCCUAUCAAAUCCGCAUGGUUGACACCUUUGGGCGAUCCCACCUCGCAGACGUUUGUGAUUACCAGAUAAUUGACGUAUUCAAUGACCAUCUCUGCUAUGUUGUUACAGACAAGCGAACCCCAUGGCAUCUUCCAUUCAAGCGACAAUUCAGGCUUGUUAGCAAAGCCGUUAUUACCCAUGUUUCGAAAUCGAAAUGCAAGUUGGCUGUUUUCACAAAGGUCGAAUGGAUUUUACAGCCUUACCUUAUCAGCGGCAUCAUCGAACGACAAGCUAUGAAGGAGCUGGAACAAGGUUCAUUGGACUUGAUAGACCUUGUGUCGGACCAAGUUAAACGACUGGGCCCGUAUCCCACAAUAAAAACCGCAAUUUCCAUGUUCGGCAACGUUGGCCAUCAAACAGAGACUUCCAAUAUCAUAGUCUCUGAAAAACUUCGAUUACAACUACAGCGCCCGUUAAAGCAAAGUGGUUUGCUACCCCUGUUGCUAGAAACCUCUGGGUCACUCUUCCAAUCCGCAGCGUCCUCCUUAAUCAUCUGGUUCUGGGCUCUUCUUCAAUGGGUUUGGAAAGUAUCCAACGCCAACAAAACUAUUCUACUGCUUUUGGUUCUCAGUCUGCUUGUAAACGGAUUUCACUCAUGGCGUGAUACAUUAGAUUGGUGGCAAGAGCGUAAUGCAACCAAGUUUAUGGCUCGCCUUGGUGUUCGUCCAAACACGGUAAUGGGCAAAGCAAUCUACCUCAAAGAUAUGAACGAUACAGUUACGUUGUCUGUAGGGAUUCAGGGCUUCAAUGGCAGCACCUGCUUUUCAACAUUCCGUGAAGAGAAUGGAUUGAUGAGAACUGAUCUACUAUUACCACCGUCAGGAACGCCUGCCCGCAAUAAGAUUUCGCAGAGUGCUGCCUAUCGGCUUCAACGUACUCGCGAAAGACUUGGAUCCUACCGCCACAACCUCCUCGUAGGGUUGAGGGUGGUAAACAGUAUAGAAAGAGAAGUUCUUCAGUUAGAAUGGGAGCGCUGGCUUCGUCGUGAAACUCGAAGGUGCACCCUGCUUGAUAUCAUGCUGAAGGAGCACAUACAAUAUCAUGAUAAUGAUGACUAUGAUGGAGUUUUGGGUCUUCGGAGACAAAUAUUGUCUGGUAAUCAAGAAGAGAUUGAAAAGUGGUAUAAGGAAUAUUGUUCGAGUUGCCAACGAGAUCAGGAGCGAGUUUUUAUCGACAAUUAG